UUUUACAUUAGCCUCUUUGGAGUUAAACAUGCUGCAAGGCUCUCGUCAUCAGAAAGAGGGAGGAGUUUAGAGUUUGGAGGGAAGUGCUGUGAUUGGUUAGAAUGUUUUUCAGACUCGAGCCAAUGGGCGACUGACAGUCUCCUUUAAAUACUGGAACCAGAGCCUCAUAAACAAUUUUCUGCUUUUAUUUGAUUUGUUGAAAUUGUACUUCGAACUUCACAAUGAGCGGCAGAGGUAAAACCGGCGGUAAAGCUCGUGCGAAGGCUAAAACUCGUUCAUCCAGGGCAGGACUGCAGUUCCCCGUCGGUCGUGUGCACAGACUGCUCCGCAAAGGAAACUACGCUGAGCGUGUUGGUGCCGGUGCUCCUGUUUAUCUGGCCGCUGUGCUCGAGUAUCUCACUGCCGAGAUCCUGGAGUUGGCCGGGAACGCCGCUCGGGACAACAAGAAGACUCGUAUUAUUCCCCGUCACCUGCAGCUGGCAGUGCGGAACGACGAGGAGUUGAACAAACUCUUGGGUGGGGUGACCAUCGCUCAGGGUGGUGUGCUGCCCAACAUUCAGGCUGUGCUGCUGCCCAAGAAGACCGAGAAACCCGGCAAGACCAAGUAAACGGACUCCAGUCUGUUUAAACCCAAAGGCUCUUUUAAGAGCCACACACUUGAACUAAUAAGAGUGACUUGUUCUUAUGUUUUAAUGCAAAAUAAAAACUACAUAUAAAAGUAGCACAACUCCGCAGAGAUAUAUGUAAUGAAAGACUACAAGAUCUGUUUCUCAAAUAAUGUGCAGCCUUAAACACGUGAAAUCAAACGUGCAUGAAGCAACACAUGAUCAAUCAAGUGGUUUUUCAGUCGUUAAUUUUGGCUCUAAAGUACAGAUGGCGUUACUAAUCAAGCAGGUGUGUAAUGGUGGUUGUUAAUA